GUCUCAGCCUCUCAGCCAGCUUGGUUUGGAAGUCGCUUGAUGUCUAUCGCAUACCCAUCUGACCAUAGUACCAAUUAAGAUCAUUUCAGUUAUCGAAUCCUUCGACCCAGCGGAAACACAUCAUGCGAGGAUUCGACAGGAUUUUGCCGACCGCGCUACUCGCUACGGCUCUGUACUGGACAGAAAGUCAGGCCACUCGACAUCUUCAUUCACACUCGAGAAGAGCAGACUCGACCGAAUGUGGUCUGUACCUGGUGUCUGGUCAAAGCACCAGCCCCUUCCAACACUAUCGUUUCUGGGACUUCCGAAGUCUGAGCAAUUACACAACCCAAGAACCCCCCCAGAUCACAGCCGGUGAGGAUCAUGGUGACGAGGACGUCACUUCGGCAUACUUUAGCUCGAGUCCCUUCCGAGAUGCGUGGCAGAUCAAGCAAGGCAUCAAGAACCCAGACUCUCGGGUACCGAUGGUAUACUCCGCCCGCAAUGUAUACCUUUCCCCAGAUGAGUCGACAGGUGGAGGUGACACACACCUGACUUUCCGCACCACACGACUCGAGGAGUUCCAGAGUAUUGCCGAGAUGAGAAGCACGGAUGAUGUGUUGCACUGUAGCAUACGAAUUCGUCUGAAGGUGCUUGCAGAUGAAAACAAUGAAGUCCAUCAAGGCGCCGUCGUGGGCUACUUCACAUAUGAGUCGGACACUCAAGAGAGCGACAUCGAAAUCCUGACCCGCAGACCCGAUACAGACGUCCAACUCACCAACCAGCCGGCAUCCUCAACUGCCUUAGCUGCUCGUAAGAACGUCACUUUGCCCAACGGCAAAACUUGGACUGAAUGGACCGACUAUCGACUCGACUGGUUCUCGGAUAGAACUGUCUGGUACAUUGAUGGGAAUCAAUCAUUCCAGUCGAAUAACAGUGUGCCGUAUCAACCGAGUGCAGUUAUUCUGAAUCUUUGGAGCAAUGGUGGCACGUUCUCAGGGACCAUGAGGGUCGGGGCCGAGGUUCGCAUCGCAGUGCAGUGGAUUGAAAUGGUAUAUAACACGAGCAAUUCCCAAAGCAACGGCAGCAUUGCUACGUUAUGCAAUGUUGACGGGGUUGCCACGAAGGGGCAACCAGAAGAGGCGGGCGCUGUUCGCAUUGCUGCAAGCAUGGCGUUAGCAAUUGUCACUUGCACAUUAGCCAUCCACCUUUCGCCCAUCUAGACGAAGAAGACGAGUUGAGCAACAGGAGAUUGGAUAGAAACUGAUUUGCAAUAAAUAUAUCUGCCUCGACUCA